AUGGCCAUUUUCAUCGAUAUGGUACAAAAAUUCAUAGAAGUCUUCAUGGAUGACUUUUCAGUCUUUGGGUCUUCCAAUGAUGAUUGUUUGAGAAAUUUGGCCAAGGUGUUGGCACAAUGUGAAGAAACGAAUUUGGUGCUGAAUUGGGAGAAGUGCCACUUCAUUGUGCAAGAAGGCAUCGUUUUGGGCCACAGAGUCUCAAGGAGCAGCAUUAAAGUUGAUAAGGAGAAAGUGGAGGUAGUUGCAAAAUUUCCACCACCCAUUUUUGUGAAGGGUGUCCGGAGUUUCUUGGGACACACAUGUUUUUAUAUUAAAGAUUUCUCUAAAAUUGCUACUCCAUUGUGCAGGUUGCUCGAAAAGGAUGUGACAUUCAAAUUUGAUGAGGCCUGUCUGAAGGUGUUUGAUGAGCUCAAAGAGAAAUUGGUAGUUGCACCAAUUUUGCGGCACCAGAUUUGUCUUUGCAAAAUACGAGAUCGAAAGGGCACAGAAAACAAAGUGGUCAACCACCUGUCUCGGCUGGAAAAUCAUGAGCACGUGGAGAAAGGUGGACAAAUUAAGGAGACAUUCCCUGAUGAGCAGCUUUUUCCAUCACACAUGACCUUGCCUUAUGAGCCAGAUAACAAGAACAAUCAUGAGAGGCAUGAGAUGCCUUUGAAUAAUAUCCUGGAGGUGGAGAUCUUUGAUGUGUGGGGCAUAGAUUUCAUGCGUCCAUUCCCAUUGUCAAGAGGGAACAAGUACAUAUUGCUCGCGGUGGACUACGUUUCCAAAUGGGUGGAGGCGGUUGCAUUGCUAACCAAUGACUCCAAGGCGGUAGCUACUUUUGUGAAAAAGAACAUAUUUUCAAGGUUUGGGACUCCACGUGCUUUGAUUAGUGAUGAAGGAACAUAUUUUUGCUAUCUGUUGCUAAAUAACCUUCUAGCCAAAUAUGGGGUCCACCAUAAAGUGUCCACUGCAUACCAUCCACAAACAAGUGGACAAGCUGAAGUGUCAAACAGAGAAAUAAAGCAAAUAAUAGAGAAAAUAGUGAGUGUGAACAUGAAGGAUGUGGCAGCAAAGUUAGAUGAUGCCUUAUAG